UGAACCGAGCGGUUAAUCCGUUCAUGGAAAUUUGAAAACGCGCCAUCACUAAAACGGAAAAUUUCGAAACGCGCCAAGUUUCAAAAUCACGAAUUCGAAGAAUAAACCCUAGUUUCCUUCCCCCAACCAAAUGCACGAGUCUGUCCUCGGACAACAAAUUCUUACCAUCUCUCUUCCUUAAUUGUUCAGUUGUAGACAAACCCUAAUCCCUAAAGUUUCAAUUUUCGUCAUUCAUUCAGUGCUCGCUCUCCUGCAUUCGCACCGAGAGCUCCGUGCGAGACUCCAGCUCUGAAUUGGCACCACAAGGAUGUUCUGGUGAUACGAGGCCUCCUACCAGAGGGUGGAAGUUAUCCAAGCAUGUAUUUUUCUUCCUAAGAAUACACUCCCCUUUGACUCCUGAAGUUCACUCUUUCGAUGAGUUAAAAGAAAGUAUAGAAGCAGCAAGCUGGAGGAUAGGAUGGCUAAGUACUAUGAUAUUGAUGAUAUUAUCAUUGAGGAAGAGACUGUGUCAGUUAUAUUUCAGAGGGCUGCAUCUGGAGUGGGAAUAGAUCCCAGUUCUUCAAUCUUUAUUGAAACAGGUUCAAAAGUUGAACUGCCGUUUUGGCUUGCUCAUGAGUUACAGUUGAGACAAGCAGUAUCAGUCAAUGUUCCUCCUUGUUUCAAUCAAAAAACAAGGCAGGAGCUCCAUGCUGAUUCUGCAGGUGUGGAUCUGAGGUCCAGAUGUCCAUUUUUCUAUGAAUUUGGUUGCAAGAUAGCACCCAUAGUUGGCGACCGAACCAUUGGGUUUCUGUUGUUGACUGCAUUUAAGAGUAGGUACAAGGAAAUUCUCACCAAGGCACAUACUGUAGCAUUUGCACCUGGUUCCAAAUUUUGGACUAUUCUAACAAAAGAAGAGAUCUACUUGUAUGAGACAGCUCAAUCUGCAAUGGCAUCCUUCAAGAAGUGGCGAAUGGGGGGACCCAGAUUUCAGAUAGCUUCUGUUCUGGGAAGAAAGAGAAAAUCUAAGGAAUAGAUGCUUUAACCUUAUUACUUAUUAGACAUUUGUUAAUGCCAAUGUUUUGCACCUGCAAAUUACAAGAUGUUUUGAAUAAUGGAUAAAAAAUGCUAAAUUUAUGUUAAACAUACAAUACAAUGUCUUGUAAUUUACAAUAUUGCUAGAAAUAGAAGAAAACUGGAUACUGAAAAUAGAUAUACAAGUGAAUUUAUUGCCCUUCUUGUGGCUAUGUUGUGUGCCACGAAAUCUGGCGACUUAAGCAAGUUCUGGUGGUUGAAUUUUCUGCACUA